GCGAAACAGCUGGAGUGGGCGGAGCUUGCGUCCGAACAGCACGAGCUCGACCGUCCCAUCUCCGUGUGGAAGGAAGCGGAAAUAAACGUCGCUAAGCUUAUGCUAACAGCUACAGUCGGGCUCCGAGGACGGGCUGGAAGCGAUACAUGACACACAUCGGCUGUUUUUGGACCGCCGAACAGACAGCCAGACGCGGGUAGCAACUCGACGGGGAUUUAUUUGUUACGGUGGUGACGUCGACACGGAACAUCUCAGGUGGAACCUCGCUGCGACCUUUAUGUAAGGUCAAAGCCCUAAAGCAACGGGUCACAGACGGGAGGAGAGACUCGGAGAAAGGCAUCUGGCCUCAGAAGCCGGGAUAAGCUGUGUUUUUACUUUUUAUUCACUCCCCCAAUCGCAACUAGAGCCAAGAAGUUGCCUGCCACGCCAACCAUGGAGGCCAUCGCCAAAUACGAUUUCAAAGCUACUGCUGAUGAUGAGCUUAGCUUUAAGCGUGGAGAAAUCCUCAAGGUCUUAAAUGAAGAGUGUGAUCAGAACUGGUACAAGGCAGAGCUGAAUGGAAAAGACGGCUUCAUUCCCAAGAAUUACAUAGAGAUGAAGGCACAUCCGUGGUUUUUUGGGAGGAUCCCUCGAGCCAAAGCAGAGGAGAUGCUCAACAAGCAACGGCACGAUGGCGCCUUCCUCAUUAGAGAAAGUGAGAGUGCACCGGGCGACUUCUCCCUCUCCGUCAAGUUUGGGAACGAUGUGCAGCACUUCAAGGUUCUCCGUGAUGGAGCCGGGAAGUAUUUCCUAUGGGUGGUGAAGUUCAACUCCCUCAACGAGCUGGUGGACUACCAUCGUUCCACCUCCGUCUCACGCAACCAGCAAAUCUUUCUGCGAGACAUCGAGCAGGUCCACCAGGUAACAACUGUCACGCAUCCCACGUACGUGCAGGCGCUCUUUGACUUCGACCCCCAGGAGGAAGGAGAGCUGGGUUUCCGACGCGGCGACUUCAUCCAAGUCCUGGACAACUCCGACCCCAACUGGUGGAAAGGCGGCUGCCACGGCCAAACGGGCAUGUUCCCCCGCAACUACGUCACGCCUGUCAAUCGGAACAUGUGAAGGCGGUCCCGCCACGUCAACGGCAAACACCACCACCAUCGUCAUUCUAGGUCUCAUCAGCCCCCUCCCUCCAUGCCAUCCCCAGCCAGCCCCUCCCCUCGUGGCCGUCACAGUAAGAGGAGCAGAAGGAAGAAAGCCAAGACGUGAAAGAGAGAGCGGUGAAGCUGAGCAGAAGCUAGCUAAAACUUUGAAGCGCCACUGAGGGAAUCCGAGAAAAAGCGUAGUGCAGGCAAGCGUGAAGAUCAGCAAAUGACUUCCUUGACUUCUUAUCAUUCUGCCUUCUCCUCUUUUCUUUUGCCGCAUGUUAUUUUAAUGGAAACAAAAAAUGUAAAAAGAAAUGCUUUUAAAAGUGUAGAGAAGAGAAGUGGCGCCACGCAACAUUUCCAUGUUCAAGAUGACGGCCGUCAGCGUCUGGCUGUGUAAAGAAAUCUACCAUAGAGAGAAUCCAUUUUUGAAGAAUAUAUAUUAUAUAUUUCUAUGUGUUUGUCUCUAUUACCAUUCUAUUAUUUUCCAUGUGUACAUGACGUGCUUCCAUCUGAGCCGUCUCAGAUGGGCACCGCGUGACGUUCAAUUCCCGCUCAAUUCUUUUGCUUCUGGGUUUUUUUAUACGAGGAAAAAAAAAAGUGGAGCUAGAAUCCGAUCCCGUCGGGAAGCUCCCGUUGACCAGCAAGCGAGGUGCGAGGAGGUGCGAGGAGGUGCGAGAUGCAGGCCCUGCAUGAGGUCAGCCCCCUGCCCCCCAAAGGCCAUGUAUUUAUUGCCGCCAUUUUGACUUGGCCACGAAUGUAGCCGACCCAGUCAGUCCACAGACAUUGUGACCAUGAGGGAAGCGGGGUCGGAGAACCAGGGACUCCAUGCGGGUCCUCAUACCUGACCUGACCUUGGAUAAUCCCCGUCGUGUAAUCUGCAAGCGCCACAGAUUCACGCCUCCAAAAACUGAGAGAUUGUCUCUUUUUGUUGAUCGGUUGAAAACGAAACGAUGGAAAAGAUUUGGGUGUUCUUCAUUUUUGUCAAAUGUGGUGUCCAGCACUUUGUCCUUGUUGUCGGUCAAAGAUUUCCACCUCCAUUUUAGCCCACUUUCUUUGUCGUCUCUCUGGAUAGUGCCUUUCUCUCUAACAUCCCGCCCUUGCCCCCGCCCCCGCCCCCUUUAUGGGGCCAACCAGUCCUACAGUGAGAAGCUACAGUGAAACGGUGUACAUAGUCCAACCUUCUCCUACGUCACCUCGCCUUCACCUUAGUCCUCACCCACAUGGAAGUCUUCUUAUUCCAUGUCUCUCUCGCCUCGUCUCACCUAAUCAUACUCUUUGGUUUUGCUUUUUUAUUUGCAUUUUUGGUUCUUGUUUUCAAUUAAUAAAAUGCAAUUAUCAAAAAAUUGGAUUUG